GACAGGAGCUGGACGGUACUCGGUGUCCCUCACCUCCACACAGGACAGGACAGGACAGGACAGGACACUCCGGCAGAGUGGAGUCUGGCCCUUGCCUCCUCGGUCUCAGUUACUCGGAAGGGUUGAGAAGUUUAAAAAGUGCUUAAAAGGGGGAUAAACGAAGCCCUUAAACAUGACGGCUGUCGAGACGCAGGUGCAGUACAACACCACGUACACGGUGAUGACCUCGACGGGUGAAUACAUGAUUCAGGAGGAUGACUGGGACAGGGACCUGCUGCUGGACCCCGCCUGGGAGAAACAGCAGAGGAAGACAUUCACAGCCUGGUGUAACUCCCACUUGCGAAAGGCUGGCACUCAGAUCGAGAAUAUCGAGGAGGAUUUCAGAAAUGGCCUCAAGCUCAUGUUGCUGCUCGAGGUUAUCUCAGGAGAAAGAUUACCUAAACCAGACAAAGGCAAGAUGCGUUUCCACAAGAUCGCAAACGUCAACAAGGCUCUGGAUUUCAUCUGCAGCAAAGGUGUCAAACUGGUGUCCAUUGGUGCUGAAGAGAUUGUGGAUGGUAAUGGGAAAAUGACUCUAGGAAUGAUCUGGACCAUCAUCCUUCGUUUUGCUAUCCAGGACAUUUCUGUGGAAGAGACCUCUGCUAAAGAGGGCCUGCUGCUGUGGUGCCAGAGAAAGACCGCCCCCUACAGGAACGUUAAUGUACAGAACUUCCACAUCAGUUGGAAGGAUGGACUUGCUCUGUGCGCCCUCAUCCACAGGCACAGACCUGACCUUAUUGACUACUCCAAACUGAGAAAGGAUGACCCUAUUGGAAACCUGAACAUAGCAUUUGAGGUGGCUGAGAAGUACCUGGACAUCCCCAAAAUGCUGGAUGCUGAAGACAUUGUGAACACUCCUAAACCUGAUGAGAAGGCCAUUAUGACCUAUGUGUCCUGCUUUUACCAUGCCUUUGCUGGGGCUGAGCAGGCUGAAACUGCUGCUAACAGGAUCUGUAAAGUUCUGGCUGUUAACCAGGAGAAUGAGAGGCUGAUGGAGGAGUAUGAGAAACUGGCCAGUGAGCUGUUGGAGUGGAUCCGCAGGACCAUCCCAUGGCUGGAGAACCGUGUGGCCGAGCAGACCAUGCGUGCCAUGCAGCAAAAGCUGGAGGACUUCAGAGAUUACCGCCGUGUGCACAAGCCACCACGCGUGCAGGAGAAAUGCCAGCUGGAAAUCAACUUUAACACCUUGCAGACCAAGCUGAGACUUAGCAACAGACCCGCCUUCAUGCCUUCUGAGGGCAAAAUGGUGUCGGAUAUUGCAAAUGCAUGGAAAGGCCUGGAGCAGGUUGAGAAAGGCUAUGAAGAGUGGCUGCUGACUGAGAUUCGCAGACUGGAGAGACUGGACCACUUGGCUGAGAAGUUCAAGCAGAAGUGUACUCUCCAUGAGUCCUGGACUUCAGGAAAGGAGGAGCUGCUGUCUCAGAAGGAUUAUGAGUCUGCGUCUCUGAUGGAGAUCCGGGCUCUGAUGAGGAAGCACGAAGCGUUUGAGAGUGACCUGGCCGCCCACCAGGACAGAGUGGAGCAGAUAGCUGCUAUUGCCCAGGAGCUAAAUGAGCUGGACUACCACGAUGCUGCAACUGUUAAUGCUCGCUGCCAGGCCAUCUGUGACCAGUGGGACAAUCUGGGUACCCUCACCCAGAAGAGGAGAGAUGCUCUGGAGCGUGUAGAGAAACUGUGGGAGACUAUUGACCAGCUGUACCUGGAAUUCGCCAAAAGAGCUGCACCAUUUAACAACUGGAUGGAUGGAGCCAUGGAGGAUCUGCAGGAUAUGUUCAUUGUACACAGUAUUGAAGAGAUUCAGAGUCUGAUUACAGCACAUGAUCAGUUCAAGGCAACUCUACCUGAGGCAGAUAAAGAGCGCAUGGCUAUCAUGGGAAUCAUGAGUGAGAUUUUGAAGAUUGCUCAGACCUAUGGCAUUAAGCUGUCUGGAAUUAACCCAUACACCAACCUCACCCAGCAGGACAUCAGCAACAAAUGGGAGACGGUGAAGCAGCUGGUGCCCCUCAGAGACCAGAUGCUUCAGGAAGAAGUUGCCAGACAGCAGGCCAACGAGAGGCUGAGACGCCAGUUUGCUGCCCAGGCUAAUAUUAUCGGACCCUGGAUCCAAACCAAGAUGGAGGAGAUUGGCCAUGUGUCUGUGGACAUUUCCGGCUCUCUGGAGGAACAAAUGAACAACCUGAAGAACUAUGAGCAGAACAUCAUCAACUACAAAUCCAACAUUGACAAACUGGAGGGAGACCAUCAGCUCAUCCAGGAGGCACUCAUCUUCGACAACAAACACACCAACUACACCAUGGAGCAUAUCCGCGUGGGCUGGGAGCAGCUGCUCACCACCAUCGCCCGCACAAUCAACGAGAUAGAGAACCAGAUCCUGACCCGCGAUGCCAAGGGCAUCAGCCAGGAACAGCUCAACGAGUUCAGAGCCUCCUUCAAUCACUUCGACAGGAAGAGAAAUGGAAUGAUGGAUCCCGACGAUUUCCGUGCCUGCCUUAUCUCUAUGGGCUACGAUCUGGGUGAGGUAGAGUUUGCCCGUAUUAUGACUCUGGUGGACCCCAACAACACAGGCGUGGUGACCUUCCAGGCCUUUAUCGACUUCAUGACCCGUGAGACAGCAGAGACAGACACAGCCGAGCAGGUGAUGGCCUCCUUCAAGAUCCUGGCUUCCGACAAGACCUACAUCACAGUGGAGGAGUUGCGCAGAGAGCUUCCUCCAGAGCAGGCCGAGUACUGCAUCAGCCGCAUGACCAAGUUCAUCGGAGUGGACAGCCCUCCCGGAGCACUCGACUACAUCUCCUUCUCCAGUGCCCUCUAUGGAGAGAGCGACUUAUAAACACCCCUCCCUCUCCUCCCUACUCUUUACCUUUCUUUCUUUCCUUCCUUCAUACCUUCAUUAUUUUUUCUCUUAACUCUCUCUCCUCUUGCCUUAAAUUCAUUAUUUAUGAGAGUGUUGUCAAAUUGUCUCUUUCCUUCUACAUAAUUAACCCUCUUGGUCUCGUCGCUGCUUUCAUGUGUCCUGUGUGCAUAAUAGAUUUUCUCUCUCUCUCUCACUGUAGUCUCAGUGAGAGAGCACUGCAGAAUCACCAGUUCUAAUGUAACACCCCCAGUGCUUUUAUCGCUUCUAUUAUAUACUAUAGGGAUUCAUUAAAGACUGGAGCUGCUAUGUGUAGUCUAACCACAUCUUAUCAUGUUCAUGGCUUUAUCUGUGCUUCCUUUUAUUCUUUCUUUGUCCCUCAUUUCUUUUAAUUCUACUGUCUAAAAAACAAGCACUCUCCAACAUCCCUUUUAGCAGAGCCCCCGAGCUGAAGUAAGAAUAAAGGAGUCCAGCACUUAAUAUUCAAUCAGUUCAAUGUUCUCGCUGAAUUAAACUUUAACACAUGACCCCUGAAGUCAAUUUCUGAUGCAAUAAAGUCAUGUGAUUUCCACAAAUGUCCCAUUUUAAUCUUGUUCUACAAAAAAAAACUUUCCACUGUGCUGUUGUGCCUCGCAUCACUUAACACAUCUGCAAUCAAUACUGUAAAGCACAGCAGCUUGCCAAAGCAAAACCUCUGCAGUACUCUCCAAAUUAGUUCUUAAUACUGAAGUAAAAAUCACAAAAUGUGUUAAAACAGCCACUGUGAGCAGAAUAGCAAAUCACCUUUUUACAGCACGCUCACAUGCUUUUGCAUUGUGUGUGGACAUCAAUGAAACACGCUGUUAUUUACAUGUUCGUUUUUCAAUGUCUUGCUCUGGAUGUCAGUUCACAAAUGUGUGAAUGUGCAAACACACAAUAAGCUGUUAACAGUAGAUCCUAAGGUGGAAUGUGCAUCUAUUUUAGAUUCUAUGAUUUUAAGAAGUAUAAAAUGUAGAAACAAUGAUCAGUGUAAACAGAUCUAGAACCAGGCUGUUACUAAGCUAGGUAAACAAAUAAAUAUAGACCCAGAACUGCUCUUGAUAUAAAGACUGUGACAGUUAACAGUGAUCAGCUAGCUUUGAAACACUGUAAAAGCUAUGGCUUACCACCUGGGUCAACUCACCUUACCAGUAGGUGGCAGUAGUUGUUGAAAACGAGCCUGCCUUUCUAAUCACUAACUACCCAACCUACCAGCAGGGGUAUCUAAAUGAGCAUACUGUUUUGCCACCAUUUAGUAUAAUAGUAUGUAGUUUGGGACACAGCUAUCAGGCUAAUUGUUUUGCCAACAUUCACCUUGGUUUAUCACACACAGCCUUAAAAGAAGGCUGCCUGGUUGAUCGGUCUGUCUGUCUCUCCUCUCUUGAAAAUUCACAGUGAUGAAUUAUCACCUACAUACUGAGGUUCAUAAAUAAAUAACGUUUUGUAGCAAUUCAAGUGAGCAGUAGCAAACAUGGCGAGCUAGAACGUGUAAAAGUUCAACUCUGACCAUUGUGGGGUGGAAGGACAGGGAGGAGGAGAGUGUUUGAUCAAGUGAGAGAACUCGUAAGGUUUUCAAAAAGAAAGACAGGGUUUGAUUUUGUUAACCCAUCUGCAAGUGAACUAUGUAGGAUGGACCGAGCCUUGUGCAGUCUUAAAGUUUAAAAGCCACUCUGUGUUACUGCAGUAUGUCUUUGUGUCCUUGUUAUUCAUUCAUUUACCAUCAUUACUCACAUACACACACAAAAACACAGAAUCACUUAAAUAAAACUAAUGAACAAG